AUGAAUGACGUGCAACGAAAGGAACUAAACAUCGGCCAGCUGGACCGGAAACGCCCUACUAUUCUGCCGGAAUUCAUGGCGUCUCACCGCCUCCGCACCGCGGUGAACCGGAUGGCCUUGCCGCCUCGCCUGCCCAGUUCAGGACAUGUUUCGGUUCAACUCGCCCCUCCGUGGCCUUUUAAUGCUCAGGAUACUGCUCUAAUCUGUGCUGGCUAUCACCCUGCUUAUACCCCUGAGCAAACGCCGCUGCCCGAAGCCAACAACCGCGGCCUCGACACUGCAGAGUCCUCGGCCCAGGAAGAUUCCCAGAACACGAAGAACAACAGCAAGAACAAGAACGACAAGAAGAGUCAUAAGAAGAAGGAAGGGAAUCCCACCAAGAUGGCUGAGCCCAGAGCUCGCGCGGCCCGGCAUAAGGGGCAGAUGAACUUUUCAUCGGAACUCCGUCUACUCCUACUCGCCUACGGAGACCCCAGUCCCCAUCCAUCCUUUCCCUCGGAACCUCUUCCCGAAACAGUUCGCGUCCUCGAUGAGAUCGUAACCGACUUCAUCCUCGAAAUGUGCCACGGCGCAGCGCAGUACGCGAGCUACUCGCGUCGACAGAAAAUCAAGGUUGACGACUUCCGAUUUGCGCUGCGUCGCGACCCGAACAAGCUGGGUCGUGUGCAGGAGCUGCUGCGCAUGGAGCGCGAGCUGAAGGAGGCGCGUAAGGCGUUCGAUCAGAAUGAUGACCAGGUCGGGAACCUCAAGGAUGCGGGUAAGAAGGGUCUGGAGGAGUUGGGAGAGGGUGCGGAUGGGAAGAAGAGUAAGGGGAAAGGGAAAAGAGGCGCCAGACGGGACUCUGAUGCUACGGAGGAUACGGCGCCGCCGAAGAAGAGAAAGGUUGCUGGCUGA